AUUGUGGAAAGGUCACCAGACAAAGAAGCGCAGUGAGCCGGGUCUGAAGGGAGGGAUUGUGUGGUGGGUCUCAGCUCUGCCCUCGCUGAAUCGUUCAUCUGAACAGCAUGAACUUCCCCUGGCCCAGCGAGGACGAGCCCGGUGCUCGCACAGCCCACGAAUCUUGCUAGAUCGGUGGGAACAAACAGGAAUUGUCACAGCAGAAAGCAGACACGGGGGACGAAGGUUACACUCACCUUCUACCUGUGCGAACACACGGCACCCGGGCAAGGCGCUCAGCAGCUCGCACCAAAGGUGCACUGCUGAGCUUUUUGUUCGGGUUUUUUGUUUUAACCUGGUGUUUUUUGAUAGAUUUAGUGCAAUGUUUCUCCCCAACCUUUUUUAAAUUAAAAUUUUAGGAAGGUGGAUAUCAAAUCUUUUAAAAUAUCCUCAAGUUUUAAGGAAUAGCAGGACAAGUGUUCUUCAUUUAGCCUCCUGGCUGCCCUUGCACCUUAGAGAGACACGAGACGCUGCUCAGUUUGUUGUCAGUGUUGGACUCAUUCUGGCAAACAACGCCCCACGCUCUCCCACAGGCACAGAGCGGGGGACGGCGACAGUUGGGGCGCGGGACCCCCGGCAGACCCCAGGAGCCUGAGAAAACCGGACGGGCUGUGUCCUGCCUUCUUCGGAGUUCCCUGAAGGAUUUUUUACACCGCAGGAGAGAAGGGAUGGAGGAAUUGUUAUCUAUUUCAUAAUCAUACUUUACAUGUUUUUGGCCGUGUCCAUUGUGUGCGAUGAUUACUUCCUGCCUUCUCUAGAGAUCAUCAGUGAAUGCCUUGGCCUCUCUCAAGAUGUUGCUGGAGCAACAUUUAUGGCGGCUGGAAGCUCUGCUCCAGAGCUUGUCACUGCUUUUCUAGGAGUCUUUGUGACAAAGGGAGAUAUCGGCAUCAGCACCAUCCUUGGAUCAGCAAUCUAUAAUCUUCUUGGUAUUUGUGCAGCGUGUGGGCUGCUUUCCAGCGUGGUUUCGAGGCUAUCCUGUUGGCCGCUGUUCAGAGACUGCCUGGCAUAUACAAUCAGCGUGGCGGCGGUCCUCGCGAUGAUAUCUGACAACACCAUUCACUGGUAUGAAAGUGCAUCCUUACUAUUGAUAUAUGGGUGUUAUAUUCUGGUACUAUGUUUUGACAUUAAAAUCAACCAAUACCUCAUGAAAAAGUUCAGUCCCUGCUGUACAUGUUUUACAAAAGCUAUGGAAGCGAACGCCGAGCAGCAGCCACUGGUUGGAUGGAGGGAGGAGAGCGGACCUCUGAUUCAUCAACAGUCAAGAACAGACAGCGGGAUUUUUCAAGACGAGCAGGACUACGCUCAGCUUUCAACAAGCCUGCACGGGCUCCAUGAAAUCUCUGAAGAUCAUCCCAGUGUCUUCACCAUGCCCGAGGCAGAUAUGAAGAGAAUUUUGUGGGUGUUAUCCCUUCCCAUUAUUACACUACUCUAUUUGACUGUACCAGAUUGCAGAAGACGGUUUUGGAGGAACUGGUUCAUGGUGACAUUUUUAGUUUCAGCAGCGUGGAUUUCUGCAAUAACUUAUGUUCUUGUAUGGAUGGUGACAAUAGUAGGUGAAACACUGGGAAUUCCAGAAUCAGUAAUGGGUCUGACGUUACUAGCAGCAGGAACAAGCGUACCAGAUACGGUUGCAAGUGUGCUGGUGGCUCGGAAAGGAAACGGAGAUAUGGCUAUGUCUAACAUUGUGGGAUCCAACGUAUUCGAUAUGCUGUGUCUGGGAAUACCCUGGUUUAUAAAAACUGCCUUCAUGAAUAUGUCAGGACCCAUAGAAGUGAACAGCAGUGGUUUGACCUACACAGCCAUUUCUCUCGUCUGUUCUGUCGUUUUUAUUUUGCUGGCAGUUCACCUCAACGGCUGGAAAAUAGAUAAAAAACUGGGAGCAAUUUGCCUUGCACUGUACUUAGUAUUUACUACAUUAUCAAUUUUAUAUGAACUUGGCAUCAUAGGGAACAAUCCUACGAGGGUCUGCGGUAACUAGUUUUAAUCGGUGAUGAUACUGAUGAAAAGAAUAAAAGCAGGAGAGAAAGAUCAGUUUCUUCAUUUAGUCAAAAUAAAACAAAAUAAUUCAAAACUCC